AUGGCAAAAAACGGUGAAGGUAAGGUGGUUUGUGUAACAGGAGCGUCUGGUUACAUCGCCUCGUGGCUCGUCAAGCUCCUACUUAGCCGUGGCUACACCGUUAAGGCUUCUGUCCGAGACCCCAGUGAUCCGAAAAAGACACAACACUUGGUUUCACUAGAAGGUGCAAGUGAAAGACUUCACUUGUUCAAAGCAAAUCUUUUAGAUGAAGGAUCAUUUGAUUCUGCUAUUGAUGGAUGUGAAGCAGUUUUCCACACCGCAUCUCCCUUUUAUCAUGAUGUUAAAGAUCCACAGGUUGAACUUAUUGAUCCUGCGGUUAAGGGAACACUUAACGUUYUGAAUUCGUGCGCCAAAGCAUCUUCUUCGGUUAAAAGGGUUGUUAUAACCUCUUCCAUGGCAGCUGUUGCUUACAAUGGAAAACCUCUUACACCGGAUGUUAUUCUCGACGAAACUUGGUUCUCUGAUCCUGACCUUUGCAAGGCCUCAAAGGUGUGGUAUGCUCUAUCCAAAACUUUGGCCGAAGAUGCUGUUUGGAAAUUCGCCAAAGAGAAAGGCUUAGACAUUGUUACUAUUAACCCGGCAAUGGUGAUCGGUCCUCUMUUGCAGCCAACUCUGAACACGAGUGCCGCUGCUAUACUAAACUUGAUAAAUGGUGCAAAGACCUUUCCCAACUCGAGUUUUGGAUGGGUUAAUGUUAAGGAUGUAGCUAAUGCGCACUUCCAAGCAUUUGAAGUCCCUUCAGCUAAUGGACGUUAUUGUUUGGUCGAGAGAGUUGCUCACUUCUCCGAGAUCGUUAACAUUCUGCGAGAGCUUUACCCGAAUCUUCAACUCCCUGAAAGGUGUGUGGAUGAGAAUCCCUACGCGCCGAUAUAUCAAGCGUCCAAGGAGAAAACACAGAGCCUUGGCAUAGACUACAUACCCUUGAAGGAUAGCAUUAAGGAGACCGUCGAGUCCUUGAAGGAGAAAGGUUUCAUACAAUUCUGA